CGUCGGUCUCCACCAAUGGCGAUCGCACACGACGGGCCACGUCUGCGCCUUCUGUUGCCUCUCACAGCUCUCGGCCAGUCUGUGACGAGAACCAGAACGAUGAGGGUGGGAGCAACCGUCGCCGCCGCCGUCCUUGUGGCUUCCUUGGUCGCCUCUGUGGUGGCUGACCAGGCCAUCGACAAAGACGAGGGAGUACUGGUGCUGAAGACGGGGAAUUUCAAGAAGGCGAUAGAAGAUAACGAAUUUAUCCUGGUCGAAUUCUAUGCACCAUGGUGUGGACACUGCAAGGCUCUUGCCCCCGAAUAUGCCAAAGCUGCUGGAAAGCUUGCAGAAAUGGGAUCUGCUAUUGCACUGGGCAAGGUUGAUGCCACAGAGGAAACUGAUCUUGCAGAAGAGCAUGGUGUUCGAGGUUACCCCACCCUCAAGUUCUUCCGUUCUGGCAAAUCUGUCGACUAUGGUGGUGGUCGUCAGGCUGACGAUAUUGUCAACUGGCUUUUGAAGAAGACUGGUCCUCCUGCAAAGCCUUUGGCUACUGUAGAUGAUGCCAAGGCCUUUAUUGCUGAAAAGCCUGUUGUCAUUAUUGGUUUCUUCAAGGACCAGCAAUCUGAUGCUGCCAAGCAGUUCUUGGCUGCUGCAUCGGCCACUGAUGACCAUCCAUUUGGAAUUACCUCAGAGGAAGCUUUGUUCACUGAGUAUGGCCUGAGUGCUGAUGGUAUUGUCCUCUUCAAGGACUUUGAUGAAGGCAAGAAUGUAUAUGAGGGUGAGGUGACUGAGGAUGGUGUAUCCAAGUUUGUUGCUGCUAACUCUCUACCCCUUGUUGUGGACUUCAACCACGAAACUGCAUCAAAGAUCUUCGGUGGCGAUAUCAAGUCCCAUCUCCUUAUCUUCCUGUCAAAGGAAGCUGGACAUUAUGAUACACACCUGAGUGCUGCCACUGCAGCUGCUAAGGGCUUCAAGGGAGAAGUUCUCUUUGUGACCAUUAACACAGAUGAGGAGGAUCACUCUCGUAUCCUCGAGUUCUUCGGCAUGAAGAAGGAUGAGAUCCCAGGCCUCCGUAUUAUCAAGCUAGAGGAAGAUAUGGCCAAGUACAAGCCCGACGCUUAUGACCUCAGUGAGAGUGGGCUUGUCGGCUUUGUCCAGAGUUUCCUUGAUGGAAAGCUGAAGCAGCACCUUCUGUCUCAGGAUCUUCCAGAAGACUGGGAUAAAGAGCCAGUCAAGGUUUUGGUAUCCUCCAACUUCGAUGAGGUUGCCUUGAACAAGAAGAAAGACGUCCUUGUAGAGUUCUAUGCACCAUGGUGUGGACACUGCAAACAGUUGGCACCUAUCUAUGACCAGCUAGGUGAAAAAUACAAGGACCACGACACUAUUGUUGUGGCGAAAAUGGAUGCUACAGUCAAUGAGCUUGAGCAUACGAAGAUUCAGUCCUUCCCUACAUUAAAACUUUACAAGAAGGAAACUAAUGAGGUUGUUGAAUACAAUGGAGAACGCACAUUGGCUGGAAUGUCCAAAUUUUUGGAAACUGAUGGGGUUUAUGGCCAAGCGCCACCUGAGGAUGAGGAUGAUGAGGAGACUGACGAGGAUGGUGAUGUGCCAGCAAAGGAUGAACUUUAAAAAUGUUGAAAGUUGUUUUACGAGAGACAAAUUGCUUUUGGUCCUAGCAGUAUGACUACUGGGAAUGGAUUUAAAUUUUCUUGGAUCCCAUGGAAAAAUCAAUCGAAUAAGGGAAAGUAGUCUGUCUGGAUUGCUGGGAUCAGUGCUAUAAAAAAUUCCGUACUUGAUAUCGAGUAUUAACAUCAGUGUACUUCUGUAGUGUUCAGUCAAUUUGGUUCAAAGUGAUCUGAAAAAAGUUUUUAUUUUUGACUACAGACAUUCCUAAUCAUUAAGAUAUAUUUUUUGUACUUGGGGCAUUCUAAUAUUUGUGACUGGAAUAGGGAAUGGUACAAAUCUGUUGAUUAACAAGAAAUGCUCUAAAUUAGUAUAUGUAACAACUUCAUCCAAGGCUAUGCAGGUGUGUGGAUGACAUUGAUGCUUGUCAAGUUAUUAUUAUUGUUUAAUUUUGACCCAAGCCUUGAUAGCUUCAAUGUCUUCCACCAACUAUCUCCCUGUACUUGGCACAAUGCUUCCCGUGGCCGUGUGUUGUGUGAGUGUAAAUGAUGACAAAGGUCCUUGUGCAGUGUAUGAAUAUACCAGUGACUUUUCCAAUAAAAGGAAAAAGGG